AUGUCACUAAUUCCAAAUUCCUGGCGUUGGCAACAAUUAAAAUUAGCAAUAACAUGUUUUUUAUGUUUAAUACCGAUUCUAUUUUUCUUUUUAUUUAAUUUUUAUUUAACAUUAAUAAUCAUUAUUCUUUGGUCUAUAUUUAUUAUAAAAAAUGCUUAUUUUCUUCCAAUUAAUCUGAGUAUAUUAUAUGCAAGAUUUUUCUUUGAGUAUUUAUUGGAAAAACCUGAAUUAUUAUCUCAACUUCGACCACUUGGUUUGGAUUUAUUUAAUACUCAAUUAAAUGAUUAUUCAGUUGCAUACAAUGAAUAUGAAAAUAAAAAAAUGCAAAUACAAUUACAUUAUCUUCAAUCGUUUAAAAAUAAAAAAAUGUCAGUUAAUGAAAGAGAAUCGUAUGAAGUUAUGGAAUAUUUUAUAAAUAUAAAUGCCAAGAGAGAAAACAGUGACGAAUUUUCUUAUCAUGGUUAUUUAAUAAAUCAAAUGAUGGGUGCUCAAUCAGAAAUAAUAUCAAUUAUUACAAAAUUUCAUCGAAUAUUAAAACUAAAUGAUGCUGAAGCUUAUCUUAUUCGUGUACGGAGAAUAUCUGAUGCAUUUGAUCAAUUUAUUGAGCAACAAAUUGAACGACGUCGUAGAAAUAUUCAAACACCACGAUUUGUUCUUCAACGAGUUAUUACUGAACUUGAAGCAUUUCGUGAACAACUGAAAAAUGAACCAAAUCUAAGGUGA